AGAGUUCGAUGGCUCAAAAACGGCAAGACAUUCAAGGGAUACGUGGCUGGGCGAUUGCUUUGGUUGUCACAUUUCACUUCUUUCCUGCCUAUUGCCCAAAUGGGUAUUUGGGGGUAGACAUGUUCCUCGUCAUAUCUGGCUUUCUUAUGGCUAUGAUCAUAACAACAAUGGAGAUGACACCUUCAUCUUGUCAGAACUUCUAUUACAGAAGAAUCAAGCGAAUAUUACCGCUGUAUUAUAUGAUAUCCGCGGCGAUAUUAUUGCUUGUAGUAUUGAGGCUACCUUCAUUCCGACUCAUAAAUUUCCCUAGUUCACGCAAAGCUAUAUUUCUCAUUACAAACAUCAGGCUGUCUGAGAACGAUCCUGUCAUGGAUUACGAAAAAAUGCUGUCAAAUGCGGACGAUCUCUUUACUCAUACUUGGUCUUUAUGUGUCGAGAUGCAAUGGUAUUUGCUGGCUCCACUUCUCUUCUUCGUGCAAAAUUUGGUACCUUUACGGAGGGCGACAUUCUUUUUGGGAAUUACAUGUAUUUCUCUUGGUUUCUAUCUUAUUACUGACAGCAAUACUGCUUUCUACAACACAUUUGCUAGGAUGUGGCAAUUUUGUGUUGGCAUAAUCGCCUUUUUGAGUAGUGAAAAUCUCGAAAAAGAAGCGAGUCUAGUGAUUAAGGCUAACAGCAAUUCAAAGAUAGAAGAGCAUCGCACGAACUGUAUCUUUGCAUCGGAUUUCAUAUCUUGGCUCCUAUUCAUCCUUGCUAUAUUACUACCAUUCUUCUGGCAUCCGUUACCAAAGAGAUUUCUUCGUAUAGAGACGACUAUGUUGACAGGGAUUCUGAUCCUAUUAGGGAAAGAACGUAAGGUAUCCGCACUCACUGUGCAAGAGGUGGUCUUUGUUGGAGAGAUAUCGUAUGCUCUCUAUCUCAUUCAUUGGCCCGUACUCGUUAUAAUGGAAUACUAUUUCCCCAAGAACCCACUGAAUCCCUAUGUCGGAGUGACAGUUUCCUUUCUUCUCGCUAUGCUGGUGUAUCGGUUUUACGAAAAAAAAUAUUUGCAAUGGUCACCGCCUAUCGUAUGCUUUCUAAUAGGCGUCCUAUUCGUCGGCUGUGCUUACCUAAGUUCAUUGUCUACGGAGAAUGUUAUCACAAAUCGGAAUAUUGAUUACAACAAAAUCAAAAUCGAAGAUGCCGCUUGGAAUCUAACUUUGAUGCGUCAACUCAAUGCUGCGGAAGCUAAAGGUCGACAUUUGUGGCAUAAGGAAUGCACAUACAGCGGGAGGUUUUCAAACGUAGAACCUCCACAUGGAUUUUGUGCGAUGAAGAAUGGAAAUGGCAGGAUAAACAUUCUGGUCGCUGGAAAUAGCUUUGCCUGCAACCAGGGCGAUAUCAUUUACAAGGCAUUCAAACAGUAUGCAAGGCAGUUCAACAUAUUUUGUAUACCAAGAUGUGAAAUGUUCAGUCACAAUUGUGGAAUUUCCUUCAACUUUACCCAUGUAGUGGAAGAACUGAAACCUGAAGUAGUAUUCAUGAUAGAUAGAGCUUUCACCAUGAAGGCUCCGCUCAAUGUGUCAAAACCAAUCGAUGAAGACAGAGUCUUUGGUCUUUUUCUGAAAACACUGAAAUUCCUUGAGAAAACAACUAAAAAGGUCUACAUCUUACAAGCACUACCAAGCUGUAUAUUCGACUGCGCUUAUAAAGCUGUUGAUUACUUACGAAAUGGAAAAGCUCUAAACACAAUCGAAGAUGGCCUCAUAAUAAAGAACGAGUUUUUCUUUUUUGCUCGUCAUCGGAUAUGGGAAAUUGGAAAAAGAUGCAAAAACUGUGAAAUAGUGGACUACAUGCCAGUGCUUGUUGAUAAGAAAGGUCACUAUCUUGGUUACGACACUGAAACAAAUCUCAUGUAUCUUGAUUAUAACAACCAUUUCAAUACAUUUGGAAAACAACGCAUUCAGACUGUUUUUGAUGAGUUAGCAAGAAAGUUUACGAUGUUCAUAGAUGGAUAA